UCUUUCAAAUAAGGAAUUUACAAUGGUCAUCAUUGUCAUCAUCAUCGGAAGAGGAAAAUCAAGACUUUAUUCCAUCCACACCUCAGCACAGUGGUGACGAGUGGGAGGGAGCAGCAGAGGCUAAUCCUACGUCAGCCCCAGAACUGGAACAUACCUCGGUGGCGGCGGACCUGCCACAGGAGAAUGAACCGGACACUGCGCCGUUGAGCAGUGAUGAAAGCUCAGCCCUGCCUCCAGCUGCACGGAGACCGAUAUUACGACGGAGGAGACAACGUAACAGGAUGAAGAUGGUCUACCUACUUCUGCAGAUUGCGUUGGAAGUUGUUUCCAUUACUCGUGAUGUUCUGAGUCUGUGGGAAUGAAAGAGAAGAGGAGCAAAGGAUUUUUUUCAUCUAUCAGGUUUAUACGAGUAGAUUUGUUUUUUUUCUGAUUGUGUCAUGAACCAUACACCUGAUUUCCGUGAUCUGCUGCAGGUUUGGUUAGAUUUCAAUGGACUUUCCGAUUUGAGAGAAGUAGAUGAAUUAGGGCUAAAUAAUGAGAUUUUAGAUCCAAAUCUGUUGAACCAAACUCCUCCUCAUUCUCCUCCACCACCUCCAGAUAAUCAUGAUGAUAAUGAUGAUGAGACGGUAAAACAAAUUCUAUUAAAUACAUCAACGCCAUCAAACAAUGCCAUCAAUGAAAUUCUGAGGCAGAUAGAAGAAUCAGACACUGUAAAUCCUAGCCAACAACAGCAGGGGGGAGGGAGCAUCAAUGUCACAUCCUCUUCUAACGAGGAUUUUAAUCAGCGUGAAAUUAGAGAAAGCGUCUCUUUUUCAGUUAACGAGGGUAUCACAGAUCCGGUUGAGUUUUAUCUCAAUGUUAUGGAUAUAUUAAAUAGAUCUGCACAAAGGGGUACCCAUUUGGCUCACGUGAAUGAUAGGAUUCGGUUUGAAAUCAGCACCCAAAAUGCAAGCCACCACAUUAACUUUAACUACGACGGUAAAAAUACGAUGCAGCAUUUGCAGCAAUUAUUCGAUAAAUUGGUUCAAUUAAACAAAGUGCUGUCAUCUGAGAAUGAUUUUAAUUUCAGACUGCAGGUGGUGAAUAAUCGUUCUGGUGCUGGGAAACGAAAACUUGAGACAAUUUUAGAUGGUGAAUUAGUGGAUAAAAAGCGAAUCCAACUCAUGAUUCCGACGGACAGCAAGCAGACCUUAUGCUUUGCGCCCAGCAUCGCCGGCCUGUUAAACCAGGCCUCGACAAAUGCUCAACUAUUGGAUGUGGCAAAAAAUCUCCAGAAUCAAGCCGGGCUUUCCGAUCAAACCCUCGUUUCAUUCAGCGAUGUGAUUCAAUUUGAAAAUAUUGUUCAAAGGAAAAUGGUCACGUUUUUCAGAGCUGACAGGGUGAUUUCUAAUUUUGAAACAGACUACAGCGAUCACUCUAAUCCGAUGUUCCUUCUGCUGUUGGAUCAUCACUAUUACAGCAUAAGAAAUAUUAAAGGUUUUUUAGACGCUAAAUAUUUUUGUCCUUUCUGCUUCACCCCAUAUCAGACUAUGAGCGGCCAUCAUUGUGCAUGGUUUUGCCGUGUGUGUGUAACACCUGCUUAUGCAAACGAUCAGAAACCUCCCUCAUCACAUGCCCUGAUUGUAACAGGAUAUGCGGAAAUUUAAUCUGUUUUUAAAAACACAAAACACCUGUUCACAGACCUCAAGUGGGUAGGGCUGUUUUCCCCUGCAAUUUGCUUAAAAAAUGUAUGAUUUGUAAAUGUGUUUAUUACGUGGCGAUGGGGAAAAGCAAUUCAGGCCACGUUUAUCCCAAAAUUAAUGCACCUUCUGUGCCCAGCCUGAAGCCGUCGGUCAUCAGUGCUUCAUUCAGCUUGAAAAAAAAGGAUGAGAGAUUAACGGAUAAAGGAAUUUAUUAUGACGGAGAAACACUUCUGGAUAAAAAUGGCGUGCAUACACCGUUUUUGAUCUGCGAAAAUCCGAUUCAGGUGAGACUUGGGAUAAAUAUGGUCUGGAUUGCAUUCAAGAUUUUAUUAUGCAAAUGAGACGGCCUAAAUUCAGCAGGUAUACAUUUAUUGCUCACAACGCGAGACAAUUUGACUCGUAUUAAAUCCUGAGAGCCGUGAUUCAAUUAAAAAUUGAACCGGAAAAUGCCCUCAUGCAGGGGUGCAAAAUUCUCGCUUUCACAGAGCCUGCCUAUUGUUUGAGAUUUAUUGAUUCCUUAAGUUUUCUCAUGAUGAAACUGGCCAGCCUUGGGAUUUAAAGAUUCCACUAAAGGUUAUUUUCCUCACCGAUUUUCCUCACUUGAACAUCUGAAUUACGUUGGGGCUUACCCUCCUGUUUCUGAUUUUGUCUUUGAUCAUUUGUCUCCUGAACAGCAAAAUACAUUUUUACAAUAGUACACGGAGGCGAGUAAGCAGCAAUUUGAUUUUAAGAAGGAAGCGCUGUUUUACUGCAGGAACUAUGUGGAAAUUUUGUUUAAAGCAUGCUCCAUUUUCAGAGAACAGUUUUUUACUGAAACGAGCAUUGAUCCUAUAAACUCUGUGACUAUCGCCUAUGAAGGUGUUUAGAUCAAAGUUUCUAAAACCAGACACAAUGGCUAUUCCGUGUCCUCUAAAUUACAGCAGUCAGUGAAAAGAUUACUCCAGGGCAAGCAUCGUCUAGCUAGAGUGGAUCUCCCAUUGUCAAAAUGUAGAGAUUCAGCACGCCUUGCAACCAUCAGGUGAGAUAAAAAUAGGUGAGUUUUUUUCUCGACGGAGUUGCCGUCAUUUUGGGCGUUGAGCACGCGUUUGAGUUUUUAGGGUGUUUUUACCAUGGCUGUCCCUGCCAGCCGCUACUUGUCCUUUGGGAAAAAUCACUUUUGGGGAAAUUUAUGACAAAGCCGUUGAAAAACUGCAGGCGCUGAAAUCAGUCCAUCAUUUAAAAGUUGAUGUGAUUUGGGAGCACCAAUGGCGUGACAUGAUUAAAACAAAUCCGGAGGUGAGACAGUUUUUAGAGAGAUUCAAGCAUACAACAGCUCCGCUCUCACCUCGCAAAGCGCUGUUCGGAGGGAGGACAUGCGUCGUGCGCCUCAGAUAUUCGGCGCAGAGUGACGAGGAGAUCCAUUAUGUUGAUUUUACCAGCCUCUACCCUUUUGUCAACGCUACAGGACCAUAUCCCAUCAGACAUCCUCAAAUUUAUGUGAACAUUUUCAGAGAUACUGAAAGUUAUUAUGGCUUCAUUAAGGCAGUGGUUUGUCCUCCCAGAAUACUGUUUUUCCCAGUUUUACCAUAUAAAACAACAAAGGGUAAACUGGUUUUUACGCUCUGCUGCACAUGCGCAGAGCAGAAU